AUGGUAGCACAAUUGACCUCGCAGGUAGCCCCUUUAAUGCCUUGCUGCACCUGUUGCUCAAGGAACAAACCCUCCAUCUACCACCCCGACUCAGGGGACAUAGAUCCACAACCACAAAGUCAAGCAAGAGUAGUAGAUGCUAUACCUGUAGACCCAAUACCUCCUCCAGCUCAAAAUCCGCUCGCAGUUCCUAAACCUGUAGAUCACUAUAAGGAAGUGAUUCGAAGAAAGCCUCUUACAAUACCG